AGCAGAAGACUGAGGUCAGCAGGGCUGCAUGUAGAGUGUUCACACUGCUGCACUUAGGGAACAGAAAGGCGAGCGUAGGAAUUUUGUGGAAAAAAGGCCCGCUGAGAUGUUCCUCACGGCGGUUUUGCUCCGAAAGGGCAUUCCGGGGAAGCAGUGGAUUGGGAAGUACCGGCGCCCCCGGCAGGUCACCUGGCAGAUGCAGCGCAACGUGGUGAAGAGGCUGGAGGUGGAGGCGGGGAACGAGUACUGGCUGAGCCGCCCCUGCAUGACCAGGGAGCAGGAGCGGGGCCACGUGGCCGAGCGCCGCCUGCAGAACUGGCUCGGCUUCAAGGCGGCCAAAGCAGCGAACUUCCCCGAGCAUCGGUUUGUCACGGAUCAUCUCAACCACUUGAACGUCACCAAGAAGUGGACGGUCUCCUAAUGCCCUUGAACUCUGGGAAAACCCUUCAGAAAGACCAGAGGAGAAGAUGAAGGGGUGUCGGGCACUUAAACCCUGAGCAUUUGUUUGCGCUUCAUUGUGGGAUGUCAUUCGAACUGCUGGGAGGUUUUGUUCUUGCUGUAACAAAUGCAGUGAAAAUCCAUACCUUUUGUUAACCUAUUUGACAUUGGUUGUUUUGUCUCAUUGGCUGAAUUCACAUGUCUCUGAGCUUGGGAAUGUGUAUAUAAUGUAGGGCUGUAAUGCUCUGGCUGUAUGAGUCCGUUUCAAAUGAGUUUAAUCUGACCGGGAUACGUUUAGGUAAAUGUCAUCAGGAUUUGCUGCUCAAAAAUGUGUGUACCUAAGUUAUAGUCUGCUUAAUAAUGUGAGGUAUUAAAAAAAAAAACAGGAGUAUGCUUUCCUUAUUGAAUGAUAACAUCUUUUGAAUCCACACCUGUACAGUUAUACUCGAAUUUUCAACGUCUGUUAAAUGUACAUUUAGUCAUGUAUGUGAAAUAAAGACAUUUUGUGUUCAGCUAUC